AUGCCACCGCUAUUAUUUGCCGCCGUAUUAUUCUUCUCAACGCUUAUCGGUUCAACGCAGUCAAUCCACAAUCAUCUCAAUGAGGAAGAACUCAAGCAAGUCUUUGGCGUAUCCAACAAGCACGAGGUUCCCGAGUAUAGCCUUAUUAAGGCAACCCGCUAUAAUACCAAAAAUGGGAUUCUCAAAAUGAAAUUUGUUGCGUUCAAUGAUACGUAUCGGUUGCACUUGAGAAAAAAUUCCCGGAUUGUUAGCCCGCAUAUUAUAUCUGUAAUUCGACAAGGCGAAAACGUCACUACGUAUGAUGGCCUCAAGAACUAUGAACAAUGCCACUAUCAGGGUGAGGUCAAGUCUCAUGGCAACAUGAAGGCUGCAAUUUCGGAUUGUGGUGCAUUAAUGGGAUCAAUCGUGAUGGAUGAUCAUUUUCUAGUGUUGCAAACGCUUCCCAAGCGCGUACAUCACUUACAGAGGGAGCAACAUCUGGUUUACAAACGGGCUGCAGGGCUUCUCACCGAAACAGAAAGUCGGAUUAGGGUGGAGAUCGCGAAACUGCAGGAGGAAUCGCAAGAGUCUUCGUUUUGUGAUACCAGCGAAUCAAUCGAUGACGCUGCGACGACGAUUCCAGCGCAUCUCAAAUUUAACUAUACGGUGCCAUCGUCAGCUCAACUCGACUCGCCAUUCAUUUUCCCCAAUAUGGAUCCAAUUACUUUAGAGAUUGGAUUGUUUUUGGAUUCGAAGCUUUUUGAGCAUUUCGAACGAGAGUACAUUCAAGACGCUGAGCAACAUCUUCUCGAAUUUUCUUUAGCACUUAUUAAUAAUGUUCAUGUUCUUUACCAACAAGAUACAUUAUCGCCAAAUUUGGACAUUGUGAUUGUCCGAUAUGAAAUGUGGAAAACCCAGCCAAGUGCGUUAAGUACAUCAGUUCAUAAAAAUGGACAAGCGCAAAGUCUCCUUGAUGCUUUCUGCAGAUAUCAAGCGCAUAUGAAUCCCGGAACAGAUCUCACAGACAUGAACCAUUGGGAUCAUGGUGUUCUGCUCACAGGAUACGAUAUUUAUCAUACCACAACUUCGGUGGCUGGUGUUGCCCCAGUUGCGAGAAUGUGCGAUCCACUUUUUGCGUGCUCUCUGGUUGAAGGACUUCACCUUGGGCGCUCAUUUGUGCUUGCUCAUGAGAUGGGACAUAAUAUGGGAAUGGUUCACGACGGUGUCCAAAAUCAAUGCAGCCGGUCUUGUUGUUUAAUGUCAGCUGUUAAUGGUGCAGGAAAAACGACUUGGUCUGAAUGUUCUGUUAGGGAGUUCAACGCAUUUCUCCUUCAACUUGAUGAGUCUGGUCGCGGAAAUUGCCUACGAGACGCAUCACCAGGCUUAAUCACCACUAAUCACCUUAGCGAUACUAGGCUUCCCGGACAAAGGUUUACCGCGGAUCAGCAGUGCUCUUAUUUCUGGGGCAGAGAUUACAAAGUAGAGAUUCCAAAUGGAAGAGUGAUGGAUGAUAUUUGUCGCAUUCUCUGGUGCGGUAACAGUGGCUCAACCAUUUCCACUGCUCAUCCGGCUUUGGAAGGAAGUUGGUGUGGUCACAACAAAUGGUGCCACAAGGGACAAUGCUUACCAUGGAUGGGUGGAUUACCACCAAGACCUGUUGAUGGCGCCUGGAGUGAAUGGGGCGGCGCUCAACAAGGUUGCCCAAUUCAGCAAUGCCAAGUUACUGGUAGUAUUACUGUCCAAGCUCAGAAUCGGGAUUGCGUUAACCCUGCCCCGAAUAAUGGUGGUCUCCCAUGUCAAGGGUCAAACAUCCGAGGAAUUGUUUGCGGGUCCACGAGCAGCAAUUGCCUAGGAUUUGGAAGAGAGGAGUUUGCCAACAAGAUCUGCACAUCGAUCAAAUAUGAUCCUAACAAACCAGAUCACCAGCUUACUGGAGAAGGAUUCGAGCAUUCCACUCAACCAUGUCGUGUAUGGUGUCAUCUCAUUGACUCGGAACUUAUCAGAAAUAAAGGACAAUUUCCGGAUGGAACACCGUGUGGAGCGGGACAGUAUUGUGUCGGUGGACAAUGCUUGGCGUUAUCAUGUGACGACAAAGCUCUAGUACUCGAGGAAGAUGAUUGCCCAAGAUUAGUUGGACGAAGCACAGUUCAAUGGGAAGAAUGGUCAUCUUGGUCUGAGUGCAGCGCAACAUGCGGAUCAGACGGCAGACAAACUAGAAAGCGUCGAUGUUCUUCUGAAAGAAAAUGUCAAGGAAUCUCGGAGGAAACGAGAAAAUGCCAAGAGAUUCUGCCAGAAUGCCAAGAGUUUGGAACUUGGGAAGAAUGGGGCCCAUGUAGUGCUAAGUGUGCUCUUGGAACUCAGCGAAGAUUCCGUCCAUGUCUGACAACAAACUGUCCGUCUAAUCAACUUGUCGAGAAAAGACCCUGCGACAAUGAAGGAUGCUGGACUAAUUGGGACGAAUGGUCCUCCUGCUCGAGAACUUGCGACGGUGGGCGAAGAUACAGAAUUCGGAAAUGUCUCGAUGACAAAUGCGAUGGAGAGGAUUUGGAGAAAGAUGUAUGCAACACUCAAAAAUGCGUUACGCAAACAUGGGGUGAUUGGCUGCCAUGCUCGGUUUCAUGCGGUAUCGGAUUUCAAAUUAGAGAAAGAUUAUGCGAUGGUCAAUUAUGCCCAACGGCGAAUAAGCAAGCAAGAACGUGUAAUCGACAACAAUGCCCAUCGCUAUCGGCAAUUUCUGUUUGGGGUCAGUGGGGUGAAUGGUCCACAUGCUCAGCAUCUUGUGGAGAAGGAACUCAAACUAGAGAGAGAUCGUGUAGAAGAGGGAAUUGCUCUGAAUCCGAAUCUUCUCAGACCCGGCGUUGUGUCAAUGGGCCAUGUGCUGAUUCUUUUUUAGAGUGGACUGAAUGGUCAGCAUGCGAAUCUUGCUCAUCAUUCGAUUCAAGAAAACGAUUCGCAAGAUGUGACGGUAAUUCAGAUCCUUCUUGUAAAGACAAAUCUGAGGAGGAAUUUUGCGAUACUGUUUGUCUCCGAGAGAAAAACACUUUUGGGUCCAUAAAACCGAAAUUGGUAACUACAAAUGAUUUAAGAAAAGCAUUUGGUAAACCGACAUUAACUUUGGAAGGAUGGUCGGAAUGGAGUUCAUGCAGUGUUACUUGCGGAUCAGGAUUUACAACAAGAAAACGCGGAGAGCAAAUUGAACGAAAAGAAUGUAAUCUGAGUUCUUGCCUGGAAUUAUUUGUCUGGAGUGAUUGGAGCCCAUGCUCUAAGUCGUGUGGCGAAGACUCUGUGCAAACUAGACAGAAGCUUUGUCUUUUCAAUGGAGGAGAGUGUUCAAGUUACGCGGAAAGCAGGAAAUGCAAAAAUCUUCCAUUAUGCGAUUCGGUAUCGUCAAUGAAUUCUCUUGAUGCUCCAACUUGGUCCGACUGGUCAUCGUGGAGUGCUUGCUCAUGCUUCUCUUUAACUUCAACUCGCCGUAGAUUCUGUCAAGUGUCUGACCCCGCGAUUCAAGGAUUCUGCUCAGGACCAAUUCUAGAGCAAAUUCCAUGCGUUCCAGCGUCUUGCGUUCCAUCGGCUGGUGGAUGGUCAUCAUGGUCGGAAUGGUCAACAUGCUCAAAAGACUGCGGUGAUAACGGCCACCAAAUAAGAAAUCGAAUGUGUAGCGAGCCAAUCCCUUCGAAUCGCGGUGCAUAUUGCUCGGGAUAUUCAUUUGAUCAACGUCCAUGUAUUGUUGAUAGUGUGUGCACUGAUAAGGUCGAUGGUGGAUGGACAGAAUGGACGGCAUGGAGCGAAUGUAGCGACUAUUGUCGUAAUGGCCAUCGCAGUAGAACACGAUUUUGCGCUAACCCAAGACCAUCCCAAGGCGGCAAGGCUUGCACCGGCUCAGACUUUGAACUCCAACCAUGUUUUGAUCAAGAAAAAUGCCACUCUCGCGAUGGCGGCUGGUCGAGCUGGUCGGAAUGGACAUCAUGCACUGCUUCAUGCGGAUUUGGCGUUCAGCAUCGCGAGCGUAGUUGCAGCGAGCCGGCACCCAAGGGCGGAAAAGUUUGCGAAGGAUUGGCACAUCAAACAACAUUGUGUGAUCUACCGGAAUGCGACUAUGAAAGCGAUGGUGAAUGGUCGGCUUGGAACGAAUGGUCUAAUUGUAUGGGUAACUGUGGUGUUGGUACUCGAACUAGAAUUCGUGCUUGUGUGAGUCCUCCUGUUUCUGGCGGAGGUCAGCCCUGUUUUGGCCGCUCGUCAGAACUUAUGGAAUGCAAAUCAGAUCAUUCCCUGUGCUCCACAUUUAUUAGCUCUUCGAUUCUCGCCGAUGGCUACUUUAUAGACAGCGAGUAA